AUGCCUGGACCUCCAACUCCAGUCUCCGUUUGUCCACUUGUCUAUCUAGAGAUCCGCGAUGGGGCCUCUGCUAGAGCCUACAGUUCCUCUCGCCCGCAUGAUGUCUUUACUUUGACUAUCGAAGGCGAGAGGCCGGUUGAUGCAAAGAUGGGAACAUUGAUCAUUUUGAUUCACCGGGGAGUGCAACAAGUGGUUUCUCUUCGCCUCAGCGAAAUGAAUCGAGUGUCGCGGCCCCCUGAGGACAUUGUCAGCAUCAAUAAACAAGUCAAUCGAAUGUGUGUCAGAAUUCCGGGCAUGUCUCAAGCAAUUCUGGUGCAGUUCGAAGAGAGGAGAGAUUUCAGCGUUGCCGUUUGCCUACUACAGAAGGCCGGGUUUUAUAUCAGCGAUACCAUGCCAGGAUCCCUCCUCACGCACCCCCCAAGAACUGAUCUCAAUACUCUUGAUCCUACUUUAAGCUUAGGGCCACGGCUCUCUUCCAUCACGCCUCUUUCUCUCUUGCCUACGAACGAGUUUCGAGGGGCAUUGACUCAACCGGGCUUAUCAUUCACCACAAUACUAGACACCCCUUUCCAAUCCCCUCCACUAACAUCAACCCCGUUCUCCCCAGCACCACGUCCUCAAAACACACAUUCCCGUCUGAUACAACCUCAUGCAGCUUCAAAUCAUGCUGCAGCAAUUGCAACACAGCUGAAUCCAUACAAUAUGUUCCUUGAAAGAGUGAACACACACCCGCAUAUACCCCGCGUGAGCUCACCUCUUAGGCAUUCGUUCGAUUCUGAUUCACCUCAACUUCAGUGGCCAUACGAAACUGCUGAAGCGAAGUCUUACGAAGAUAUGCUUACUCUAGGCCCCCUCCUACAUAGCCCUGUCAUUGAAAGGCAAGAGAUCAAUAUCCCUGAAAGUUCUCAGAGAAGUACUGCCAGUAGCCACUACGGAGCAGCAGACUUGAGGAAAGAGCUAUCGCCCGGACUGGACAGUUACCAGUCACCGCAGGAGGAAUCGCAUGAAUUUCGCAACCUGAUGCCUCGGCCAAGAAAGCUUCCCUUUGAAUCGAAUACCAAAUAUUCCACACCAGCUGGAAGGCUUGAGGGCCAAGGGAAUAUCCCAACUGACAAUAAGACAGUCCCCAAGCCCAGGAACUCUCCAGGUUCCCUUGGUUUACCUAUCAAGCAAAGGGUUGUUAAUCCGGGAAAGCUCUCCACCCCGAAUCAUCCAUCUAGUAUUGACCAGGGUGCUGCAUUGAGAAAAUCAGCUUUUAUCACUGGUACAGCACAGAGACCCAACCGCGGUGACCAAGGUCCGGUUUCGGUGACGAAGCUUACCGGAAGGAAACCAAAAGAGGAUACCUAUAGAGAUGCGAACUGCCAGACAGAAGAUACAGGAGCAGUCCAAGACAAUCCAGGGGGUCCCUUAGAAGUUCCAGACUUGAACAGUCACUGCUUAAACCUUGAUAUCGCACCCUGUGUCGUGGUUACCGAUUCUGACAUGUUAAAGGAGUUGGACCAGGCAACUGCCACACUAUUUGAACAAUAUGAGAAAGAUAUCGCCAGCGGUGAUGAGAAGGGACAGCAUGCAGAAUUUUACCUUGACCAGAUAUGGAUGAGGCGUAGGGACUUCUGGUUAGAAAAACUCCAGACAAUAAGAGGGUAG